UUUAUAUCCUUUCAUUCUGUCAUGAAGGUCAUGUAUGAAGACAAAAUCAAACAGGCAACUACACUAGAGUACAACGCUUAUCAAGAACAAGUUCUCAAAAAUUGCUCACAGUUUGCCGAAGGUAUUGAUGGCUCAAGAGUUGAGAAAGUAAUUCACAUUGCUGCUAACAAGACCACUGUUCCGGGUGGAUGUGGCUGCCAUAGUUCCUGGCGGCAUUUGAAUGGGGGAAACCCUGCUCUCACCAUCAGGGAUUAUCUGCUUGAAAUUGUCCUGUGGUGACAUUGGCCUUGAAAGCCAAAGCUGAAUGCAAAAAAAGUUCCUAAUCGUAACUUAAUGUCUUCGAUGUGUGCUUCUAUCUAUUCUGUAUGUCGAGAGCGUUCCUAAUCUUACCUUCUUUUUUUUAAUAGGAAAAGAUUUUAUUGAAAUAUAAGAAGAAACAAUACUAUUUUGGUCA